GAUGUGUGGUCGGUCGGCUGCAUCUUUGGCGAGCUCAUCAGAGGGCGAGUUCUAUUUCCUGGAGCCGAUCACAUAGAUCAGUGGACACGAAUCAUUGAGUUGCUUGGCACUCCAGAUUCGCAAUUCCUCAGCCGGCUUCAGCCAACUGUACGGAAUUAUGUUGAGAAUAGGCCUAAAUAUCAACCAGUUCCAUUUGAAACGUUGUUUGCUGACAAUAUGUUCCCUCCUGGUGCUGACAAUGCACGUUUAACAGCUGCGAAAGCUCGGGAUCUCCUUGCGCGAAUGUUAGUGAUCGAUCCCGAAAAAAGAAUAUCUGUUGAUGAUGCGUUAGCCCAUGAAUACGUGAACGUGUGGUAUGAUGCAUCUGAGGUGCAUGCUCCUCCACCAGGCCAUUAUGAUCCCACCGUAGAUGGUGAGCAUACCGUGGAAGAAUGGAGAACGAUGCUGUUUUCGGAGCUACAAAACUACUACAGGACGCACGAUGUGUACGGUGUGACACAGCGACGAUAA